AUGUCCAACAACGCAGCAGCUUACCAGAAGGAGUUCUUCAAUGUCUCCUUUCCCGCCGAAUAUGUGGCACACGUGGAGAUUAAUCGGCCAGAGAAGCUGAACGCGUUCAAGGAGGUAAUGUGGCACAACCUCAGCGCCAUCUUCCGCGCCCUAUCCCACGACCCCUCAGUGCGCGCAGUCCUCCUCACAGGCGCUGGCCCCCGCGCCUUCACAGCAGGCCUGGACGUCCAAGCCGCCUCGCAAGAAGGCGCGCUGGCGCAAAAAAGCGACUCCGACUCCCCACAAGACAGCGCGCGCAAAGCGACCACCAUCCGCCGCCACAUCCUCGAAUUCCAAUCCUGCAUUACGGACCUGGAAAAAUGCGAAAAGCCCGUCAUCGCCGUGCUGCAUGGUAUUUCCUUUGGCCUGGCGCUCGACAUGUGUCUAGCGUGCGAUAUCCGUGUUGCGACGGCGGAUGCGAAGAUUAGCGUCAAGGAGGUGGAUAUAGGUAUUGCAGCGGAUAUAGGCACGUUAUCGCGGCUACCGCAUUCGGUGGGGAAUUUGUCGUGGGUCAAGGAUGUCGCGCUUUCUGCGAGGAUUUUUGGCGCCGAAGAAGCGCUGCGGGUUGGGCUGGUGAGUUCGGUGUAUAAGAACAAGGAUGAGGCUGUGGAUCAGGCGUUGAAGUUGGCGAGCUUGAUUGCGUCAAAGUCGCCUGUUGCGACGCUGGGUACAAAGGACAUUAUCAAUUACUCACGCGAUAAGACGGUUGCUGAAGGACUGCAUUAUACUGCCGUGUGGAAUGCGGCCAUGUUGCAGACGCAGGACGUCCAAGCCGCCAUGUUGAGUGGAAUGCAGAAACGGACGCCCAAGUUUAGCAAGCUAUAG